CCCUUUUCUGCGCUUUACACAGUAUGGCCGGCGAUAUUAGCUAGCACUUGCUUUACAGUAUUCUCUGUAAAAGGGAAGACGGUUAAACCAAGAAAUUACACCUGGAUUGCUAAAGGACUGUACUUAAUAAAUUAUAACGAUCAAACAAGGGCUAAUUCAAUUGAAAACGUAACCGACGUUUAAUUUCUGUUGGUGUCUGUUAACUCACGAUGGAAGCGAACGGUGCACACUUCUUCGAGGGAACCGAGAAGCUGUUGGAGGUGUGGUUCUCCCGGCAAGAUGAGAUCAAAGGAACAGGGGACCUCCGUACCAUCCCAAGGUUUGAGUGGGACAAACUUCUGGAGAAUGUGCACUGUUUGAUCAUAAGUGUGACAAAGACCGACAAGCAGGAAGCUUAUAUACUCAGUGAGAGUAGCAUGUUUGUCUCCAAGAGACGUUUCAUUUUGAAGACGUGUGGAACCACCCUCUUACUGCAAGCACUGAUGCCUCUGCUGGAACUGGCCAGGGAGUACUGUGGCUUUGAUGCUAUCGAGAAUUUCUUCUAUUCUCGCAAGAACUUCAUGAAGCCCACCCAUCAGGAGUUCCCUCAUCGGAACUUCCAGGAGGAAGUGGAAUUUCUCAGCCAGAUUUUCCCAAAUGGAGCAGCGUACUGUAUGGGACGUUUGAAUUCUGAUUGCUGGUACCUGUUUACUCUGGAUUUGCCAGAGUUCUGGGAGAAUAAGCACGCAGAUCAGACGCUGGAAGUUCUGAUGAGUGACCUUGAUCCAGCAAUUAUGGAUCAGUUCUUCAUGAAAGACGGUGUUUCUGCAAAUGAUGUCACUCGUAUGAGUGGAAUUCGUGACCUGAUACCAGGUUCUGUGAUUGACGCCACAAUGUUCAACCCUUGUGGAUACUCAAUGAAUGGAAUGAAGACUGACGGAACUUACUGGACGAUUCACAUCACUCCAGAGCCAGAGUUCUCCUAUGUCAGCUUCGAAACCAACCUCUCUCAGACAUCCUACGAUGAUUUGGUCAGGAAAGUUGUGGACAUCUUUAAGCCAGGAAAAUUUGUGACUACGCUGUUUGUUAACCAGAGCUCCAAAUGUCGCAGUGUCUUUUCUUCCGCCCAGAAACUUGAGGGGUACAAGCGCCUCGACCGCCAGUUGGCCCAAUUCAACGAUUACAAUUUUGUCUUUACCAGUUACGCCAAGAGCCACCAGCAGAGUUGAGGAUUAAGAAUGAAAAAGAAGAGAAAAAAGAAACACUGCUACAUAGCAGGGCGAUGUCCCCACUGCGGCCAUCUCUCUGCCCGAGCAGAGAGGCACAGUCCCCUUUGCUGCCAUUGUUAUUCAGGAUUUAUUGGUUCCGACAAGGCCGCAGGCCCUACUAGUGUAGCCUCCAGUUUGAAUUGUUGUACCUAUAACUUAGAUCUCUUGCAUGAAAGCUCUCUUCUCUGUUUAGAUAUUCUAGUUCACUCUUGCUGUGAUCUUGAAGUGCAUGUAGAGGAUUUAAACACUCUCUGUUUGUUGCUGGCCAGCCUUGCCUCCUUGCUGCAGGUCUCCCCCCUCAUUCCCCACAGACAGGGCUUCCGCUCCCACUAGUCCAGGGCCCUGACAUGCUCAGAUGGGUCCACUAUUUUGUGCUUACCGACAGUUGAAACACGCCUCCCCACACACACUUCCUUCCUCAACUGAUUUGCUGCUUCAUCGAUCUGUUGCCAGUUUGUAUCCUUUUUGGUUUUGACUUUUGAGUGCACUUUAAGAACACAUUGUUUUCAGCCAACUGGAGCAGGACUCCUCAAUACCAAAACAGGAAACGGCAACCCUUUUUUUGUCUUCUAGAAUGUUCAUGACUGGUCUUUUAUUGAGUGAUUUAGAAGCAUGUGAGCUUUGGGCCAUAUAGCAUAAUUUGUCAAUUAACGUGGAGUCGGUAUCAAAUGAAUUCCUUGUCAAAUCAAAAUGCCAUACUUUAUUAGCUUUGCACUACCAGAGGAUUGGCUAGAGGCUGACCGCUUGGUCAACAUUAUCUAGUUGUUCUUGGCAGUAAACGGCACUGCAGCCAAAGGAAUUCCUGCUAGAAUUGGGUCAGAAUGCCAAGUCUGCCAUGCUUCUCUCCACCCCGACCAUCAUUUAGCGUGUCCAGUUGGGUACAUCACGGUGUGUAAUAUAUGCACUCUUAUACCCAGGCUCAUUCUACAGUAUACUGUACCAACAGGAUGGCUUUGGUGGUUAGAAUUCCCUGUGGUUUUAAACUCCUGUAUGCAUCCAUGAAAAUAUUGAUUUAGAAACUAACAUCCAAACUUAAAUGGAAGGAUCAGUCGCGUAAGAACGAAGGCUGUGCGAACUGUGAUUGUAGUGGGCAUUGUUUAGACUAGAGGAGCCAGUUAAAGUGUUUUAUAUCUGAAUGUUAAUUGCAAGGAGACCUAGUAGACCCUUUGUAGCUGUGGUGUGGGCCAGAACUGCCCUCUGCUGUCCAGCAUGGUCAGCCAUUGUCGUCCCGCCCACCCCGUUGAUAUUUGAAACUAAGGGGUAGGGACGUCCCUAGGAUCCUGCAUAGCACCCCCCCCCCCCCCCGCAUAUAGCAGACACUGUCAUCUGGCCCCAGAACCAUGCUUGACAUAGGUGCUGAUGGCUGCACAGUGUGGCCCUGAAUGGAAAUAACGAAUCACACUCUGCUUAGUACAGUUGUGGCCCAGCAAAGCAUUUUCUUUUUCUAAACAAUGUACCCCCCCCCAUACAGGAGUCGGUAAGCACACAAUAGAGGCCCACCAAUCUGAGCAUGCCAGGGUGAUCCCGGAUCAUUCCACACAACUGUUGCAUAAACUGCCAUUUUAUAAAUGUUAUUGUGGGCAGGCAUUUUGCAGUGAAUUGGUCCAAAAUGUGACUUCAUUGCAGUUUUUUUGGCGUACCAUCAAUGCCCUUUUGUUUAGUGAGAAGAAUCCUGUGGCACAGGUGACAACGAGUUCUGUAUUGCUUGACAGUGUAGUGUGCUGCUGUCAGUUUCUCCUGUGUAAGUAGAUCAAUGUGCUUCACCUUGUUUAAUCAGCUCAUGUACUGGGGCAUUCUGAUUUAUUGAGCAGGUGGGAUGGGGGUUAAUACAUAUUUUUUUAAAUAACAUGCAUACAUACUUACAGUGCUGAAGGCAUGCCCUCAUCUAUCUGGUUAGUAUACAGACAGGUAUGUAAUUUGAGAGCGGAUUUUGAUAGGAUGUUGAGGAUUGUUCUCCAUUGGCUGGUCAGUAAUGUUCAUGAUGCUUCUCCUGCCAGCGAAUGCAGAUUGAGUUUAAUUUGCAGACAGCUGGGGUGGACCGGACUUUAUUUUUUUGGGACUGCAAUUUUGGGCCUGCCUUCAGAACUCCUGGGGGUUAUAACUGGCGUUGCUUUGCCCAGCUAGUUUAGAAGGCCCUUAGAACAUCGGAGACCAUCACAUGAUGGUAUACUGUAGUUAACAGAAUUGGUCUUUAAAGUGAAUGUGACAGACAUAACAAGCGGACCACUAGAAUGAGUACUUCAGUUCGUUUAAGGACCUGGGCAAAGUUGAAUAUAGGAACGACUUGCCUCCAGUACAUCUGUGGCUUUUGGUUUAGCAUGUUUGUUCUUCCCGAGGACCAACUUUUGCCAAUAGUCUUUAUCUAAAAUGUUAUGACUCAUGUCUGAGUGACCAGCCUCCACUGUUCUAGGAGCUGUAUUGACUGGUUUAGGGAAUAGACACCAGCACUGUUCACAAAUAAAGGUAAAGUCCUAUUUGGACUUGAUCUGGGUAGUCCUGUUGGUUUAACUUAUUAUUAGUCUAAUUCUUUUGUUUUUCUCAAUACCAUUUUUACAAACAUUUUUGUAAGAAAUGCAUUUUUGCCUACUUCCAACUUUGUUUGUUACCUUUUGUUGUAAAACCAGUGUUCCAGAUGUAUUUGUUCUGAAGCUGAGGGGAUUUUAUUUUUAAACAAGCUAAUUUCAUCAUGUAUCUUGUUUGCCUUACCAAGGAAAAGGUCAAGUCCUCCCCUGAUGUAAGAGGGUGCAAUUGCAGGAUGUACUGAAGGGAAAAUGUUUGCUGUUAACUCUUUUGCUGUUCUUUGGAUGGUCAAGAUGUGCUAAAUGUAUCUGUACUUUGAGCUUGAUGCUUUAAUAAAAAAAUAUUGCUCUUU